GGCCCUCGGAAAAUGAGGCCGCAGCCCCUGCUGCAGCUCGCGCUGCUGCUCGCCCUGCCCAGCAGCCCGCGGGGAAGGGAAUGCCCGGCUCCGACGUGCGAGUGCCACCAGGAGGACGACUUCAGAGUCACCUGCAAAGACAUCCACCGCAUCCCCAGCCUGCCGUCCAGCACGCUGACUCUGAAACUUAUAGAGACUCAUCUGAAAACCAUUCCCAGCCGUGCAUUUUCAAAUCUGCCCAAUAUUUCCAGGAUCUACUUAUCUAUAGACGCAACUCUGCAGCGCCUGGAAUCACAGUCCUUCUACAACUUGAGUAAAAUGACUCACAUAGAAAUUCGGAAUACCAGAAGCUUAACUUACAUAGACCCUGAUGCCCUAAAAGAACUCCCCCUCCUAAAGUUCCUUGGCAUUUUCAAUACUGGACUUAGAAUAUUUCCUGACCUGACCAAGGUUUAUUCUACUGAUGUAUUCUUUAUACUUGAAAUCACAGACAACCCUUACAUGACUUCAAUCCCUGUAAAUGCCUUUCAGGGACUGUGCAAUGAAACCUUGACGCUGAAACUGUACAACAACGGCUUUACAUCAAUCCAAGGACAUGCUUUCAAUGGGACAAAGCUGGAUGCUGUUUACCUAAACAAGAAUAAAUAUCUUACAGUUAUUGACAAAGAUGCAUUUGGAGGCGUGGACAGUGGACCAACCUUGCUGGACGUGUCUUACACCAGUGUUACUGCACUGCCGUCCACAGGCCUGGAGCACCUCAAGGAACUGAUAGCAAGAAACACUUGGACUCUGAAGAAGCUUCCACUUUCCUUGAGUUUCCUGCACCUCACGCGGGCUGACCUUUCCUAUCCGAGCCAUUGUUGUGCUUUUAAAAAUCAGAAGAAAAUCAGAGGAAUCCUUGAGUCACUGAUGUGUAAUGACAGCAGUAUCCGGAGCCUGCGUCAGAGAAAAUCUGUGGAUACCUUGAAUGGCCCCAUCUACCAGGAAUAUGAAGAGGAUCCCGGCGAGAGCAGUGUUGGGUACAAGGAAAACUCCAACUUCCGGGACACUCACAGCAACUCACAUUAUUACGUCUUCUUUGAAGAUCAAGAAGAUGAAAACACUGGUUUUGGCCAGGAGCUUAAAAAUCCCCAAGAAGAGACCCUACAGGCCUUUGACAGCCAUUAUGACUAUACUGUAUGUGGAGACAAUGAAGACAUGGUGUGUACCCCCAAGUCAGAUGAGUUCAACCCCUGUGAAGACAUCAUGGGCUACAAGUUCCUGAGAAUUGUGGUGUGGUUUGUUAGUCUCCUGGCUCUCCUGGGCAAUGUCUUUGUCCUGUUUAUCCUCCUCACCAGUCACUACAAACUGACUGUACCACGCUUUCUCAUGUGCAAUUUGGCCUUUGCAGAUUUCUGCAUGGGGAUAUACUUGCUCCUCAUCGCCUCCGUAGACCUCUACACUCACUCUGAGUACUACAACCAUGCCAUUGACUGGCAGACAGGCCCCGGGUGCAACACAGCUGGUUUCUUCACUGUCUUUGCCAGUGAGCUGUCGGUGUACACACUGACAGUCAUCACGCUGGAACGUUGGUACGCCAUCACCUUUGCUAUGCGUCUGGACCGGAAGAUCCGCCUCAGGCAUGCAUAUGCCAUCAUGGUUGGGGGCUGGAUUUGUUGCUUCCUUCUGGCCCUCCUUCCUUUGGUGGGAAUAAGUAGCUAUGCCAAGGUCAGCAUCUGCCUGCCCAUGGACACUGAGACCCCUCUGGCUCUGGCAUAUAUUGUCUUUGUUCUGUUGCUCAACAUCAUUGCCUUUGUCAUCGUCUGUUCCUGUUAUGUGAAGAUCUACAUCACAGUGAGAAAUCCGCAAUACAACUCUGGGGACAAAGACACCAAAAUUGCUAAGAGGAUGGCCGUGUUGAUCUUCACAGACUUUAUGUGCAUGGCCCCAAUCUCUUUCUAUGCUCUGUCAGCACUUAUGAACAAACCUCUCAUCACCGUUACCAACUCCAAAAUCUUGCUGGUUCUCUUCUACCCGCUUAACUCCUGUGCCAAUCCAUUCCUCUAUGCUAUUUUCACGAAGGCCUUCCAGAGGGAUGUAUUUAUCUUGCUCAGCAAGUUUGGCAUCUGUAAACGUCAAGCUCAAGCAUACCAAGGCCAGAGAGUUUCUCCAAAGAACAGCACUGGUAUCCAGGUCCAAAAGGUUACCCAGGAUAUGAGACAAGGUCUCCCCAACAUGCCAGAUGUCUAUGAACUACUUGAAAAUUCCCACCUCACUCCUAAUAAGCAGUGCCAAGUCUCAGAAGAGCAUAAGCAAACUGUUUUGUAAAAUUGAUCCUUCGGUACACUCACAAUGGUAGGGAAACUUAGAAAACUCUAGUUUCUUGAACAUGCAUUCCAAUCCCAUGCCACAGUCAACACACAGCUGGCCUAACCCUUGCUCAGGUAAUU